AUGGCUCUUCACCCGGAAACUUUGGCCGUGCAUGCCGACAAUGAGUUGGAUGUGAGCAACGACGUGUCACCGCCUCUUCACCCAUCAAGUACAUUUAGGUUUCCGUCCGACCCCGAACAACUCGUCCCUCUACGACACCGAAGUGCAGAAGACAAAAGCCAUGUCUAUUCUCGUCUGAGCAAUCCAAACACAGCUCGCUUCGAAGCCCUCCUCACUUCCCUUAUAAAAGCGCCAUGCUUGACAUAUACAUCUGGUCUUUCAGCCUUGCUGGGCAUUCUUGUUUGCCUGAAGCCCCGCCAGAUCGCUAUUGCCAAGGGGUAUCCUGGCUGCCACGGCACGAUAGCACUGGUCAGCGGUCUGAACGGAAUGAAGAAGAUACCUCUGGACUGCCCAGCAGAAGACCUCGGCGCAGGAGACGUCGUCUUCCUGGAAACUCCCGUCAACCCUACAGGAUUGGCUUCAAAUAUCCAAGAUUAUGCCGACAAAGCACACUCCAGAGGCGCCAUCCUCGUCGUCGAUGCCACGUUCGGUCCUCCGGGACUUCAAGAUCCGUUCAAGCACGGCGCAGACAUUGUUCUUCAUUCAGGAACAAAGUAUCUUGGGGGACAUAGCGAUAUACUGUGUGGCGUGGUUGCAACAAAUAACCAAGAUUGGUUUGCGCAAUUGAAAAAGGAGCGAUUCUUCUUGGGCGGCGUGAUGGGGAGUCUCGAGGGCUGGCUCGGUGUCCGCAGCAUGAGGACUCUGCAUCUUCGCGUGCUUCGGCAAAGUGAAUCGGCGACCAAGCUUGUUCAAUGGCUCAACUCUGCCUUGCAACUCAACGAGGCCUGUGGAGCGUCAACAGAGCCCGAAUCUCGAAUCAUAAAGGCCGCCCUAUCCAGUGUCACCCAUGCAUCUCUCCAGACAGCGGAUCUAGAGCAAGGAUGGCUCAAGGCUCAAAUGCCCAACGGAUUCGGGCCCGUCUUCUCAAUAUGCAUGACAUCUCGGGAUAUGGCGAACAGGUUUCCGAGCCAGCUGAAGCUGUUUGCUCACUGUACGAGCCUCGGCGGCGUUGAGAGCAUGGUUGAGUGGAGGACGAUGACGGAUCUAGAUGCGGACCCCACGCUGCUUCGUGUGAGCAUCGGAGUGGAAAACUGGGAGGAUCUCAAGUCGGACAUUUUGCAGGCUUUUGAAGCUGUCUUGGACGAUGAGAAGGUGGUUCAGUGA